AUGGCUGCCCCCCAACCGGCCACCGUUCCUACGCGCCCUACGCGGAAUCGUGGUUUCAGUGUCAAAUCCGACCAGUCUCGCCGUACCAGCACCUCCGGUCACAAGAGUAACCUCUCCGAGUCCUCCGAAGAAAAGGCCCGUCGCAAUUUACAUACCAAAGCCGACCCCCUGGUCGCAAUGACGGAGUUACAACCGAUGGCCGUGGCAUUGGAGAAGUCCAACUUGGGUUCAUUGAGAGAAACUCAACACAAGGACCAAUACGGAAAUCCCAUCACCGAUCCCGACUGGUCUAACCCCACCCGUCCCCGUUUCGAGCGCCCCCUGGAUACCAUUCGAUCCUUCGAGGCAGCCAUCUACGGAUCCUACAGCAGCCAACGGCCGGAGUCGUACGCCCGUACAGGUUCGUUGCGCUCAAUCCCCACCCCAGGACCCCGGACUGAUCAAGGGUACUCCCCAACAGAAGAUGCCGCUUCACAAAUGGGCGACUACAGCCGAAGGACAAGCUACUAUGGAUCAAACAACUACUCCCGCGGACAAGGCGAACAAUACGGUCGCGGCGCCCAAUCACGCCCUGACAGCGUCAUCGACUACGGCGCAAGCUCAAGCCAAGCACCCGAGAACCCCUACCCCUACAACCAGAACGGAGGACAGCAGCGUCGACCCCGAUACCAGUCCCGCCCCUCAAACGAUCACGGCGUCUACAGUAAUGGAAACGGCCAUGCGCACGGAGGUCAACGCUCCUACGAUAAUGUCACCGCCAUGUCUGGAUCGGCGUCCGGAUAUACCGACCCUUAUGGCCAGUCGACGGACCCGAGUUCGUUGAACAGCUCCAUGGACCAGUUGUCCCAGCAGGUUAUGGCGCAACAGCGGCUGGAUGAGCGUGCGCAGGCUGCUGAAUAUGGAUAUGCGGGUGGCUCGAACAAUAAUGGGAAGGCUGCUGCGAACCCCAAUUUUGUGCCUUCUCAGGGUGGCAGGAAUGUGGUUCACAAGCCUACGAAUCUGAAUGAGAAGCGGAAGAGCUGGUUCAAGCGGCGGUUCAGCAAGGACUAG